AUGUUGGGAUCAUUACUCUUCGUGCCCCUGGUUGGGGCUACGGUCAUUGGGUCAUCCCCGGGCCCCAGCGAGAGCUGCCCUGGGUACAAAGCACUUCGUGUUCAUGAGGGGUGGAAUACUCUGACCGCGGACCUAACCCUGGCAGGUAAACCGUGCAAUUCCUAUGGCACGGAUUUGCAGGAUCUAAAAUUGCUUGUGGAGUACCAAUCUGAUGAACGCCUCCAUGUUAUGAUUUAUGAUGCAAACGAACAAGUUUACCAAGUCCCUGAGUCGGUUCUUCCCCGCGCCAGGAGCGACUACGGUUAUCCCCGACAUUCUGUUCUGAAGUUUAGCUACGUAGAAGAACCCUUCUCGUUCACGGUUUCUAGAGGCGACGAAGUGCUUUUCGACACCUCUGCGUCCAACCUCAUCUUCCAGUCUCAGUACUUGAAUCUGCGAACCUGGCUGCCAGAUGACCCAUAUCUGUACGGUCUGGGGGAACAUACGGAUUCUUUCCGCCUAGAAACAAACAAUUACACUCGGACCCUUUGGAACCGUGAUGCCUAUGGUGUUCCUCACCACAGCAAUUUAUACGGCACUCACCCAGUCUACUAUGACCACCGUGGAUCUGCUGGUACCCACGGGGUAUUCCUGCUUAACUCAAAUGGUAUGAAUAUUAAUAUCAAUAAGACAGAGGAUGGCAAGCAGUAUCUUGAAUACAACACCCUGGGAGGUAUCUUUGACUUCUACUUCUUCACUGGUGCUACUCCCAAGGAGGCUAGUAUUCAGUAUUCUGAGAUUGUUGGCCUCCCUGCUAUGCAGAGCUACUGGACACUCGGUUUCCAUCAAUGCCGAUAUGGCUACCGUGAUGUUUUCCAAGUGGCUGAGGUUGUGUAUAACUAUAGCCAGGCCGGAAUCCCAUUGGAGACGAUGUGGACAGAUAUCGAUUAUAUGGACCGACGAAGGGUGUUUACCCUAGACCCUGAUAGGUUCCCUAUUGGCCGCAUGCGCGAGCUAGUGGGAUACCUUCAUGACCACGAUCAACGUUAUAUUGUCAUGGUUGAUCCCGCUGUGAGUGUGAGCGACAACUCAGGCUUCAACAGCGGCAUGGAGCAGGAUAUCUUCCUUCGAACACAGAACGGCAGCCUGUAUACCGGUGCCGUGUGGCCUGGUGUUACUGCCUACCCUGACUGGUUCCACCCGGGUAUCCAAGAGUACUGGAACGACCAAUUCAAGGAAUUUUUCAAUGCUGAAACUGGAAUCGAUAUCGACGGUCUUUGGAUCGACAUGAAUGAAGCCGCCAACUUCUGCCCUUUCCCUUGUACUGACCCCGAGGGAUAUUCCGUUGAGAAUGAUCUUCCCCCAGCACCGCCUGCUGUUCGCCCCAGUAAUCCUCGUCCAUUGCCCGGUUUCCCUGCCGAUUUCCAGCCCACUUCUUCUAAGCGAUCGGUGAAAAGAGCACACGGCGACAAGGUUGGACUUCCCAACCGCAAUCUCCUCUACCCUCCAUACAAUAUCCACCAGGCAGGGGGACCCAUCAGUAUGAACACGAUUCAAACCGAUGUUAUCCACGCAGGCGCAGGAUAUGCUGAGUACGAUACACAUAAUCUUUAUGGAACGAUGAUGAGCUCGGCUUCCCGUGUCGCAAUGCAAGCGCGACGGCCUAAUGUCAGACCACUGGUCAUUACGCGCAGUACAUAUGCGGGCGCUGGCUCGCAUGUUGGACACUGGCUCGGUGACAAUUUGAGCGACUGGGACCACUACCGUACCUCGAUCGCGCAGAUAAUUGCGUUUGCAUCUAUGUUCCAGAUUCCUAUGGUCGGAGCCGAUGUAUGCGGGUUCGGUGGAAAUACAACUGAGGAACUCUGUUCCCGGUGGGCAGCCCUCGGAGCCUUUUACACGUUCUACCGUAACCACAACGAGAUUACUUCGACUCCCCAGGAAUUCUACCUUUGGCCCACGGUUGCAGAAUCUGCGUCCAAGGCUAUCGAUAUCCGAUACAGACUCAUUGACUAUAUUUACACAGCACUACACAGACAGACCGUGACGGGCGAGCCUUUCCUGCAGCCUAUGUUCUAUCUCUAUCCCCAGGACGAGAACACGUUCGCAAACCAGGCGCAGUUCUUCUACGGCGAUGCUCUUCUUAUCAGCCCCGUGAUUGAAGAGGGCCUCACCUCCGUGGAUGCAUAUUUCCCGGACGACAUCUUCUACGACUGGUAUACUGGAGCACCGGUUCGCGGGCACGGCGCCACUAUCACCCUCCACGACAUUGAUAUCACUCACAUCCCCAUCCACGUCCGCGGGGGGAACAUUAUUCCCGUACGGUCUUCAAGUACCAACACCACCAUCGAACUACGCAAGAAGGGAUUCCAGCUCAUCAUUGCCCCGGGUCUGGACGGAACCGCCACAGGCAGCUUGUACCUUGAUGACGGCGACUCCCUGGAACAACAGCAGAGCGUCGAAAUUGAAUUUGAAUACCGCCAUGGCUUCCUUUUCGUGAAGGGCCGGUUUGCGCGUUACCUCCCUGUGGUGCUGGAGAGCGUUACCUUACUCCCGAAGCCGGGCCGCUCAACGGGGGAGCCGCUGAUCAUCCCUGCUGGACUGACACUGACUGGCCCUACUCAGAUUAAACUAGCUGAACAAAUGGAACUUGCUUUGCGUUAG